AUGAGUAAAUUAUUCGAGCCCCUGAGGAGAAAUGUGUUAUUUAGAGAAAUUAUAAAACCCAGGUGGGUUUUAGAAGUUCCAAACUACACACGAACACCUCUGUGGAAACAGUUUUUUGAAGUCCAAUUCACAAGCAGAAAUUUCUUUAUAUUCGGAAGCACAUGGGCAGCCUUGGCUUCAUUCGGCUUUUUAAUGUGGUAUUCUAGACUUUUUGACCCUCCACCACUUGAAAGACUGGACAGAUAUUGGCUUAACUCACCUAAAUUUCGCAUCCUAUCGGCAUACUAUAAUAAGGGAAAGCGGCCUGGAGCCAAGAUAUCGUUAAUGACCUAUGAGGUCAGGUACUUUGACCGUGGACUGGACCACCCGUUCACAAUGAAUGAAGUUAAGGACUUCUUAUUUAAAAUGAAGGAAAAUUAUCUAAUCGAAAACCACCCAGGCAUUCAAUACCCGAAUGUGUUUAGGCAGCACAGUAAUGUCAAAACACCAGCAACCCUUACAGUUAAUUUACACUAA